AUGAUCUGUGGAACACGGGCGAUGAGAAAGCUUUCAAAAGCUGCGACUUCAUUCGAGAAAAGCGCCUCCGACCCCUCGUUGUUGUUCAUGAGUCCGAGCAGCAUGAAGAAAGUCGGAGCUCCGGGGUGCUGCUUGAAAACCACCAUCACCGCCACCACCACCACCACCACCACCACCACCACCACCACCACCACCACCACCACCACCACCACCACCACCACCACCACCACCACCACCACCACCACCACCACCACCACCACCACCACCACCACCACCACUGCCGUCGCAGCCACCGACGCCACUGCCACCCACCACUGCCGCAACGCCGGGUGA